UGCAAAGGCCAACCCAGGCCGUCGCAUUGGAGGUAGCGCACACAAUUAGCCCGUUUUGGAGCAUGCGCUUUAGAUUGUUUUAACCGUUCAGCCAGUUCGCCUAGCUGCUGUGAAAAUGGCGUUAAGUAAGACUUUUGGACAGAAACCGAUUAAAUUUCAGUUAGAGCAAGAUGGGGACUUCUAUAUGGUUGGAUCAGAGGUUGGAAAUUACCUCCGUAUGUUCAGGGGCUCCCUGUAUAAAAGGUACCCGUCGCUCUCAAGGAGAUUAGCCUCAAUAGAGGAGAGGAAGAAGAUUGUGGCAUCCUCGCACGCCACAAGUGUGACCCUGCUGAAGGCAUCGGAAUGUGAAGAGAUCUUCGAGGGGAAUGAUGAGAAGUACAAAGCUGUUUCCAUCAGCACAGAGCCCCCGGCCUACCUCAGGGAGCAGAAAGGCAAGAGGAACAGCCAGUGGGUCCCCACGCUGCCCAACAGCUCCCACCACCUGGAUGCCGUGCCCUGCUCCACCACCAUCAACCGCAACCGCAUGGGCCGCGACAAGAAGCGCACCUUCCCCUUGUGCUUUGAUGACCACGACCCGGCCGUGAUCCAUGAGAACGCUGCUCAGGCUGAGGUGCUGGUUCCCAUCCGUCUGGACAUGGAGAUCGAUGGCCAGAAACUCCGAGACGCGUUCACCUGGAACAUGAACGAGAAGCUGAUGACCCCGGAGAUGUUUGCCGAGAUCCUGUGUGACGAUCUAGACCUGAACCCACUGGCCUUCGUCCCUGCCAUCGCCUCGGCCAUCCGCCAGCAGAUUGAGUCGUACCCCACGGACAGCAUCCUGGAUGAACAGACUGACCAAAGGGUCAUUAUCAAGCUGAACAUCCACGUGGGGAAUAUCUCCCUGGUGGAUCAGUUUGAGUGGGACAUGUCGGAGAGGGAGAACUCUCCGGAGACAUUUGCCUUGAAGCUGUGCUCUGAGCUGGGCUUGGGGGGAGAGUUUGUCACCACCAUUGCGUACAGCAUCCGCGGCCAGCUCAGUUGGCACCAGAGGACGUACGCCUUCAGUGAGAACCCCCUGCCUACGGUGGAGAUUGCCAUCCGCAACACGGGCGACGCCGACACGUGGUGCCCCCUGCUGGAGACCCUGACGGACGCCGAGAUGGAGAAGAAGAUCAGGGACCAGGACAGGAACACCAGGCGCAUGAGACGACUGGCCAACACGGCUCCUGCCUGGUGAAGAGAAGAAGGAAUAAGCAACUACAGAACCUCUGGUCAACCUACGGUCAACCCUUAUGGGGCCCUCUGAAAGGACGCAUGUGCAUACAUAUAAACUCCCCAAUAGACAUUCCACUGACCCCUUCUCACAGCCAUUAUAGCGUCUACUAACUCAGUGCUUGGCUAUCACAGACAUGAACAUUACUCCAGGACCAGUCCCAUUUAGAGUGGCUAAAUCUGACUCCGGACCAGAGAGUUAAAGCUGUGUUCAAGGAGCCUUAUCCAUAUUCUAGUCAUGAAACCUCAUUUGUGUCCCUGUUCAGAGACUGAACUCCUUCCAUCGAUGCUAUUUUGUGAUGAAGGGAGGCGGUGAAUGGGGAGUGCCGUUGGUAAAGUGUCUACAUAUAGGUAUGGAAUGUAGCCCUGGUUGCUUGUACAGACUCCAUCUAAGUGGGCUUCAACUGUUAUACUGCGUUGAUGCACUCACACGUGGACGAUGCUGACCGACUUGAUCCAGGUCUGUGAUUAGAAUACGUUACGCUCGAGCAUACUAAACUCUGGCCAAUAAUGGAAACGUGUGUUGUGCUUCCUUUUUGUCAAGUGCUGAUACUUUUUGUCAACUUUCUUCAUUGUCUUUUUCCUUUUUUUUAUUUUUAAUAAAAUACCAUAGAAU